UGUUCCACAAGCUGAAGAAAAGGGCAAAAAAUUCCGGUGCCGGGUCGACACGACAGUGUUGCCCUGUCAAAAUGCUCGCCUGGUUGUCACUGCUUAGGCCUGCCUUGGCCCGUUUUCGCACAAAUCCGGCGUUUGGGGCUCGGUUCGUAUCGCAAUCUCCACCCUCGGGUGCUGCUGGUUCGGCCACUGUAUCGGAUUUGCAGCCCUCACGUGCCACGGAAAGUCAUGGACACGCAGAGGUCAGCGCGUUCGAGAAGAAUCGAGAUUAUCAUGGGUUCUCUCAGGAUCCUGUCGUUGACGAGUGGAACAUGAGGAUGGCCUUCUUCUUUGGCAUCUCCAUGGCUAUUGUGGUUGGGGGUACCUUCAUCCACUAUUUACCAGACCAUGGUAUGAGGCAGUGGGCCAGGAGGGAAGCAGAAAGGUUGAUCACACAGAGGGAGGCUGCAGGUCUUCUUCUUAUGGAGGAGAACUACUAUGACCCAAGCAAGAUUGCGCUACCAGGAGCCGGAGAGGAGUAGGAUGUACUAUAAGAAGCUGUUCACUGAAUGUUUAUUUCUAACUUUUUUCUUGUCAGUAAAAUGUAAUAAAUGUCUUUCACACCAUUGAUCAUUAUUUUGUAGGCAAACUGAAUAGCCCUAGGUAGCAACUGACUAGUGAUGACAAUGAAAUAGUAUGAUAGUCAAACUACUGCAGUAAUUGCUCUGCGAGCCCCUUGUACCUGCCCUGGGCUAUAUCUCCAAUGGAUGACACCACAGCAGUGAAAGUGUAACAUCAUCAUGCACCACCUGCAAAGAAUAUUACAGUAGGAGAUACCAUCUCCAGGAAGUCUGGAAUACAUUGACAACACAAUGAUGGCAUGGGUGCACAGUAGUCAUCAGCAAUGUGCUGGUUAUUGACAAACUUUAAUUUGGUCUAAUCACCAUUUUGAAAGAAAGAGCCAUGUCUAAGUAACUACUGGUAACUAAGCAAGAUAAUGCAUGUAACUGUGAUGAAUCAAAGCCUCACUGACCGCUGUUGUGCAGUAUGUCCACGCUGAAGCAUUCUGUAUUAAACCUGAUUGUCAGUC